AUGCACUCCUCUAAUUGGGAACGAAACAAAAGCUUAUUUGGUAAUGUCCGCUUUUUUACUGCUCUAUCAUCAAACGAUGCUUCCUUUCCAAAAUACUUACGGACUAUUACAUCUGCAGUUCUUUUGUGUGCAAAAACAUAGUAAACAACAUUUUCCUCAAAUGCCUCUUGAAUAUUUCUCUGUCGACGUGUGACGCUCCAGAAUGAAGUAAAACUAUAAAAUCUGCCUUUUAAGCUAGUAUAAAUUUCUUUUUUUUUUUUUUGAUGAAUUGUGUAACUUCAGUUCAUCAAAACUAAUAAUAUUGACUUGUGCAUUUUCAACACAACAUUCCCAUCAGCUGCAAUCUGCCUUCAUCUUCAGUUAAGGAAGUGUCAAUAAAAACAGUGAUGUAGUGUGUGGUUUAUUUACAACAUUUUUUUUUUUUGGUUUUGCAACAGAUAGAAACCCAAUGCAAUGCUUCAUCUGUUUCAGUAGUCCUUUGAUCAGUCCAAUAGGAAGUAAUUAUUCAUUCCUUGACCUUUUGAAUCAGCGUACAAAAGCUGUAAAGUGCUUCGGAAGGGGUAGUGGGUAGUGGGUAGAUAAUAUAACGCUGCUGCUAAUGACAAUUGAUGAAGUUUAGAUCGUUUCGUAUCGUGGCCACACUUAGAGACACUCGUUUUUAUGAGGAAUGUAAGAGAUUUCCCAAACAAACGAAAAAAUAUAUCAAAGCCAAAUUCCGCCCAUGCCUUUUAAAGAGGAACGCACCUGCAGUUUCAAAAAGCAUAUAAACGAAAGGAAAAGGACAAAAUUUUGGAUCAACCAACAAACCACUCAGGUCUUUUCGAUUCAAUAUCUAUCGAACUUUCCUCUAGAAAUAUUUCCUUCAGGAAGAAAACUUUGAGAUGUUUUCGACAAAAUUUGUCCUCUUAGCGUACCUUUUCCUAAUCUCAUCUCCUUCAAUAGCUUUUGAAAUAGCUGGGAAUGACGAGUUCCUAGGAAGUGGAGAUGGCAGUCACAAACAGAAAAGUCUUUCGGGUCAAUCCACUUUAGCUUGCUUUUGUGGACUAACAUCGUUCAAGUGUUGCAAGGAACGAGGGGUAAGAUCUGCAUAUUUCAAUUAGAUAAUAUUGAAGGAAAGCUUUUAAAGUAAUCAUUUCAAGUCGGCCACUUGAUAUUAGCCCUUGCAUGGCUUUCUUGUUGUUUACACUGUUGUUUUAAGGGUUUUUUUUUUGUUGUUGUUUUCUUUUCUUUCACAACGCAGAAAGACUUUUGCACAACAUGUUUUGUCAGCUUUCUCUCUAAUCUACUUUUUUUUUCAGAAUUUUCCGUCCUCUGUAAUCUAA